AUGGCCCCGUCCCGAAGGCACUGCGGAUGGGAGAUGACGUCUCUGUCGGGAUGCCUGCUCCUGUCCAUCUUGGCGUUUCAACCUGCGCUAGCCAAGGUCUGCAAUGACUAUUCGAGGCACGGUCAGGACAACAGCUGGUUCUCGGGGGAUGAUGAGAAGUUGCCCAUCAUGGUGCUCAUGCCGAUGAAUGAGUCGGCGCUGAUGAGCAGCAUUAGUCAGGGCAUCGAGCCCGCAGUCCAACUGGCCAUCCAGCACAUACGAGAGUCACAGAAUUACAAGUUUUCACUCAUCACUAAAAUCUACGACACCGAGGUAAACUCAUUCAUCAACUCUGCCCCAUGUCCUUGGUAGCAUAGGCUACAUGUGCUUUCGCUUUGGGUUGGGGGGGGGGGGGGGGGGGGGGGGUGUUUGUUCGUGUGUGUGUGUGUGUGUGUGGGGGUGUGAGGGGGUGUAGGCGACACAGCCCGGCAGGCAGCGCUCACAGGCAGCGCUUCCAUUUGGAAAUAGUUGGUAGGCCUACAUCAUCUGCGCAUUGUUCCACAACUUGUUUUUAUUUUCGUAUAAUCCCUGGAGAUAGUCGGCUGUUGCGUUAUUUUACGCCUGCAACGUUAGGCUACUGUUGCAUUAACACAGGAGCAUACACUAUCGGAUGUUGUCAUUACAUUUUGUUGUCAUUAAAUGUUGACACAUUUUGUCAUCAUCAAUUCAUGAGCAAAAGGAACAUUUCAGGUUAAUUUGCGGUGGUUGGAGUAGGUGUCGCGCACGUGCAACAAGCUCGUGAUCAAAUCAAAACAAUAUUACAUACCUGGCGUCUUCACAACGCCAGUCAUAAUGAACGCCAGUCAUAAUGAACGCCAGUCAUUAUGGUCGUCACUAGUUAACUUAGCCACAAAGUCAUAAACUCUGCAUAUUUCUAUCUUCUUAAAAUGUGUUUUUAAACCUAACCCUAAUCUUAACUCUAACCGUAACCACACUGCUAACCUUAUGCAUAACCCUAACCUUAAAUUAAGACUAAAACACCCAUUUUUGUUUUCAUGAAUUUUUACAAUAGGUUAUAGCCAAUUUUGACGUUGUGGCUGUGGUAACUAGCGGAACGAUAUAAGUAGUACUUUCAGGUAUUUCUCCUUAAGUACUUUACACCACUGGGCACAGGAGCCUAUCAAGAUUGAUUUAGCUGAUGGUUAAAUUUGAAAUAAAUAUUAUGGCUAUAAUAACUGAACAAGGUAGGUUAUCAUAAAACAGCUUGAACCAGUAUCUGUGCGGUAGGGACUUCUCUAACGCCCAGAAAGCUCCAAUUCAAACACCCAUUCACCAGCUCUGCAAACAUUAUAAUAUCAAAAUACGUUCGUUGAUCACCAAAUAUGGAGUUUCACUGAGCAACUAUCUUCAUUUACUCCCGUUAUGGCCAGUAUAUAGAAAGUUCUAAAUAAAAACGUACAAGCAACCGAAAAAACAAUGCCUCUUCGGCACCUCCAAUGUAUUGAGCUGUUUAAAUGGGAUUUCCACCGCCAUUUCUCACAUAAUUAAUAUUGUACGAAUUGCAAUUCAUAACAUAUCAUACUAAAUGAAGUGUCUCGGAUUUAUGUACAGAAUAAUACGAAAUGCUCUGGGACCAGGUUGGGUGCACGGGCAUGGCCUAGCAGCCAUUGAUUGAGGAGGCGAGAGAGGUGAUAUCGAGGAUAUGAUAUAAAAAUCACGUUACCUUGUCAACGUAGAAGCAGGUUGAAGGUCAGAGUCCAAAACUGCGGUGUUCACUCGAGCUGAUUUAAUUGAUGAGGUUUGAGGUGAAUGGUCUCAGGUAUCUUCAUUGAGGAAACACGUUUGCAAAACGAUCGAUGUGACUGAUUCCGUUGUGAAUUAAGCAGUUAAAAUUACCCAGGUGUUAAUUGAUCUGUUUCAACUGAUUUGUCAGGCUGCAUUCUAUAGCUGCCAGCAUUUAGGUAGUUAUUGCACUAUUUAUUUAUUGACUUAUAAGACCCAUCUCGGUGAUAAACACUCUAGUCAGGUUGAAAAGUGGAGGAAUGCUGUCACAGAACACAAAAAAUAGGUUGCGUCCUUACUCCAAAAUUACACCCUGUUCACUAUGAAGCGAACUGCUUUUUCAAAUGCAUAAAGGCACAGGUGUUUCCUUGCUGCUGUGAAAAAAGUUAAAACAACAGUAUAAUCUGUCUGACAGCAGCAGGACAGUGAUAAGUGGUCACGAAUGGCAUACAGCAUGCAAGUCCUAGAAUCCACUCUUCCCAUAGGAUUAAAUAUACUACUGACAUAUUUCCCCUGGGUGAAAUAUGAGCUGAACGAGAGGUCAGUUGAUCGGUCAGUUGGACAUCCAUCCUGGGGAUGGAUGAAUUAAGUAAUGAAUGAAUGGAUGGAUGGAUGGAUGGAUGGAUGGAUGAUUGAUGAGUUUAAUCCUAUAAUGGCCAAAGUGCCCAUUGAGUUCAAAUGGUAACAUUUUUGUAUUCAGAAUGUACUAAUCAAGAUAUAAGAUUUUCAUAUAUUUCUCAGGAAAUAUAUCUAAGUAAGCAAUAUUGUCAUGGAGGAGUGAUUAACAGACAUUUCAGACAUUUCCUAUGAGUGAAAAACAAGACAAGGGAAGCAUGUGUAUUGGUGUUAUUAACAGCUGUCAGGAUGAAGAUUCUUGCCAAGGACAGCCAUUUACAAGCUGUUGGAAGCCUUUUAUUUCUCACAAAUCCUGCCACCGCAUGAUAUUCAACAGGGGGGAAAAAAGACUGCUCAAAAGUGCAAAUUACUAUCCAUGGUCUAAAUAGUAAUUAUAUAUAUUUUUUAGAAUGAACACAUAGAAAAUAGAAAAACAAGGGAGCAUCAGCAUGACUGAAUAAACAGUAUAUCUAGUGUACUUGAAUGCAUGCAAGUAUCUCUGUUAUUGAUUUUAUGACUGUCUUAAUUCUAUUAAUCAUGGAUGGACACCUGUUAGGACGGUGGACACAGUUUAAUGGUUAUAAUUCUUCCAAGAAGAUGACACCGCUGGCCUUGACAGCUUUGACACGAUAGCUUUAGACUCAGCAGAGUGGUGAAGGGAAGGGUGUGUUAUGGAAUACCAUACGUUACAGGUUCAUAAUUACGUCAUCUUUUCUCUCCCUCUUUCUCUCUGUCUCUCACACACAGAUACUUGCAUGCAUGUGCGUGCAUAAACUCUCUCUCUCUCUCUCUCUCUCUCUCUCUCUCUCCUCUCUCUCUCUCUCUCUCUCUCUCUCUCUUCUCUCUCUCUCUCUCUCUCUCUCUCUCUCUCUCUCUCUCUCUCUCCUCUCUCUCUCUCUCUCUCUCUCUCCUCUCUCUCUCUCUCUCUCUCUCUCUCUCUGUUUUAUGCACACAGCAGAAGCAGUAGUACCAGGAGGGUGGUGUGGUGUGGUGUGGUGUGGCGUGGCGUGGUGUGGUGUGGCGUGGCGUGGUGUGGCGUGAUGUGGUAUGGUGUGGUGUGCGUGUGGCCCCGUGUAGCUCAGUUGGUAGAGCAUGGCUCUUGCAACGCCAGGGUUGUGGGUUCGAUUCCCACGGGGGGCCAGUCUAAAAAAAAUUAUGCACUAACUGUAAGUCGCUCUGGAUAAGAGCGUCUGCUAAAUUACUCAAAUGUAAAAUGUGUGCUACUGGGGAUGGAUGGGGAACUACACUGCAAGCAGUUGGGAUCAGAUGGCCAUUGGGGAUGGAGGAGAAGUGUGAACUUGGGGAUAUGGAGAUCAUGUCCAAACUCCCCUAACACCUCUGAGGUAAAUGGAGUAUAGCUAAGAGGUGCUGUCUGGCCUGUGGUUCAAAGUGUUAGCUGAGAGAAUGAGUAUGUAGUCAGUGGAUUGAGGGUUUUCUGGUCUGAUCUGAUCUGCUCUGCAGUUGGCAGGACCUCUGUGUGCUGAGCAGCCAUCUUCUAGUAGGAACACAGAGGCUGAGUCCCAAAUGGCUCCCUUUUUGUGCACUACCUUUGACCAAAGGUCUAAAGUAGUGCACUAUAUAGAGAAUAGGGUUCCAUUUAGAACAUAUAUAUAUACUGUGGUUCAGACAUGGAGUGGUAGAGUCACACAACAUGGUAAUGCUGCUAGUUCAUUGUCACAGGGACCAUCAUCAGACCCCUGGGUAAAAACUCACUAUAGCGACAGAGGCAGGUAGAGCUGCUAUCUGCUGUUGUCUAUCUCGAUGCACCAUGCAUAACUGAGUAUCCAUGUUUAAAUCUAUAUUUAUUCACCGUAACAUAAGCAUAACUCAGUCUAUGUACAUACAGUGGCUUGCGAAAGUACUCACCCCCCUUGGCAUUUUUCCUAUUUUGUUGCCUUACAACCUGGCAUUAAAAUAUAUUUUUUUGGUGGUUUGUAUCAUUUGAUUUACACAACAUGCCUACCACUUUGAAGAUGCAAAAUAAUUGUUUUUGUGAAACAAACAAGAAAUAAGACAAAAAAACAGAAAACUUUAGCGUGCAUAACUAUUCACCCCCCAAAGUCAAUACUUUGUAGAGCCACCUUUGGCAGCAAUUACAGCUGCAAGUCUCUUGGGGUAUGUCUCUAUAAGCUUGGCACAUCUAGCCACUGGGAUUUUUGACCAUUCCUCAAGGCAAAACUGCUCCAGCUCCUUCAAGUUGGAAGGGUUCCGCUGGUGUACAGCAAUCUUUAAGUCAUACCACAGAUUCUCAAUUGGAUUGAGGUCUGGGCUUUGACCAGGCCAUUCCAAGACAUUUAAAUGUUUCCCCUUAAACCACUCAAGUGUUGCUUUAGCAGUAUGCUUAGGGUCAUUGUCCUGCUGGAAGGUGAACCUCAAUCCCAGUCUCAAAUCUCUGGAAGACUGAAACAGGUUUCCCUCAAGAAUUUCCCUGUAUUUAGCGCCAUCCAUCAUUCCUUCAAUUCUGACCAGUUUCCCAGUCCCUGCCGAUGAAAAACAUCCCCACAGCAUGAUGCUGCCACCACCAUGCUUUACUGUGGGGAUGGUGUUCUCGGGGUGAUGAGACGUGUUGAGUUUGCGCCAGACAUAGCGUUGUCCUUGAUGGCCAAAAAGCUCAAUUUUAGUCUCAUCUGACCAGAGUACCUUCUUCCAUAUGUUUGGGGAGUCUCCCACAUGCCUUUUGGCGAACACCAAACAUGUUAGCUUAUUAUUAUUUUUUGAGCAAUGGCUUUUUUCUGACCACUCUUCUGUAAAGCCCAGCUCUGUGGAAUGUACGGCUUAAAGUGGUCCUGUGGACAGAUACUCCAAUCUCCGCUGUGGAGCUUUGCAGCUCCUUCAGGGUUAUUUUUGGUCUCUUUGUUGCCUCUCUGAUUAACGCCCUCCUUGCCUGGUCCGUGAGUUUUGGUGGGCGGCCCUCUCUUGGCAGGUUUGUUGUGGUGCCAUAUUAUUUCCAUUUUUGAAUAAUGGAAAUGGUGCUCUGUGGGAUGUUCAAAGUUUCUGAUAUUUUUUUAUAACCCAACCCUGAUCUGUACUUACCACAACUUUGUCCCUGACCUGUUUGGAGAGCUCCUUGGUCUUCAUGGUGCCGCUUGCUUGGUGGUGCCCCUUGCUUAGUGGUGUUGCAGAUUCUGGGGCCUUUCAGAACAGGUGUAUAUAUACUGAGAUCAUGUGACAGAUCAUGUGACACUUUGAUUGCACACAGGUGGACUUUAUUUAACUAAUUAUGUGACUUCUGAAGGUAAUUGGUUGCACCAGAUCUUAUUUAGGGGCUUCAUAGCAAAGGGGGUGAAUACAUAUGCACGCACCACUUUUUAGUGAUUUAUGUUUUAGAAUUUUUUUAACAAGUUAUUUUUUUCAUUUCACUUCACCAAUUUUAACUAUUUUGUGUAUGUCCAUUACAUGAAAUCCAAAUAAAAAUCCAUUUAAAUUACAGGUUGUAAUGCAACAAAAUAGGAAAAACGCCAAGAGGGAUGAAUACUUUUGCAAGGCACUGUACACUAUAUACUGUAUACAAAAGUAUGUGGACACCACUUCAAAAUAGUCGAUUCGGUUAUUUCAGCCACACCCGUUGCUGACAGGUGUAUAAAACCGAGCACACAGCCAUGCAAUCUCCAUAGACAAACAUUGGCAGUAGAAUGGCCUUACUGAAGAGCUCAGUGACUUUCAAUGUUUACAUGUUAGCCAGGAUACCUCUUAGGGAAAUUGGAUUAAUAUGUGCAUCUCGUCUUACACGGCAAACCCAUACAGCAUUGUUUUCUCCUGCGGUGUGAAUGAUCGCUAUUGAUUUGAAAUCUAUACCUUCUGGAUUGGAACUGCGGGGUGAAUGUGGGGUGACUUGCCGGUGGGUUGUAUUACUCAGGGUUAGAGGCUGGGGCUAACAUAAGGAGAUGAUGAAACAGGAGUGAGACUUCACAGAUGGGGAGACACACGGAAUCUAAAUCCAUUCAUUAGCCCCCCUCAGGAGGAAUAAGAGGAGAUGUGGCCUGAGUCCCAAAUGUCUCCCUAUUCCCUACAUAGUGCACUACUUUUGACUAAGGUUCUGGUCAACAGUAAUGCAUUAUGUCAAUCAUUAUGUAGGGAAUAGGGUGACAUUUGGGAUGCAACCCGUGAUUUAUACAUCUCACUCCUCUCCCUCUUACAGAGAUUCAACCCCUUGUGUUGUCAUUCAUGGGGGAUGUAGCUCAGUUGGUAGAGUGUAGUUGGUCCCCUGUAGCUCAGUUGGUAGAGCAUGGCGUUUGCAACGCCAGAGUUGUGGGUUCGUUUCCCACGGGGGGCCAGUAUGAAAGAAAAUGAAUGCACUCACUAACUGUAAGUCGCUCUGGAUAAGAGCGUCUGGUAAAUGACUAAAAUGUAAAUGUAAAGGAUUAACAUAGGAGAAUAAGGGGUUAUUUCAUCUUGAAUGCCUGCGCAACAAGCCAGCUGUUGUGUGUUGUUGCUCAUUAUAAGCCCCCAGUCUGGGAUAGAAAAACUACUGUAUCAAUGUACUAUACUGUAAGUAUCUCUUAUCUGUUCUGUUGUGUCUCUAGUAUUUCUAG